CGGCAUGGCGGAGGUGGGCCGGGUGGCGGUGCGCGACCCGGCGCGGCUGCCGGGCGGCUUCUGGGCCGCCGUGGCCGUGUGGCUGGAGCGGCCGCAGGUGGCCAACAAGCGGCUGUGCGGCGCGCGCCUGGAGGCCCGGCGGAGCGUGGCGCUGGGCCGCGGCGCCGGGCCGGGCCCCACGGCGGCGCCGGGCGACGCCCGCGGCCGCGACCUCGAGGCGCUGUGGGCCGGCUUCUCCCGGGGCCUGGCCGGCCGCUGCCCGGCGCUCCUGGCCCUCCUCGCCGGCCCCGGGCCGCCCGCCGAGCCGCGCCAGCUGCAGCUGCUCUUGCGCAGCGUCAUCCCCAAGGCCGCCCCGCGCCUCCCGCUGGCCGCCCCGCGCCGCGAGAUGGUCGUGCAGGAUGUCCUCGGAGGAUGUGUGACUUUCAUACCACUGGAGGCCGACGGGGACUCGGAGGUUGAGCCCUGCAGUGUGUAUCAGCUGCGGCUCCUGCGCGAGGGGGAGCAGUGGUUCAUAUCUGUUUUAAUUUUCUGUCCAGAAAAGUGGCCUUCGGAUGGGGUCGUAUGUCCCAGCCUGGCUUGGCUCGGAGGGGAACUGUUGGCCAAGCUGGCCCGGUGGAGCGCCGAGAGCAAGAGCAGUGGUGGCAGGGGCACCCUUUGCCUGCUCCCUCUGGUGCCGUACAGUCGGACAUACUGGCGUCUGAAGGACAAGUACAGGGACCUGGUCAAGGUGUGGCCAGAAGUCACCGACCCUGAGAAGUUCGUGUAUGAGGACGUGGCCAUUGCUACCUACCUCUUGGUUCUGUGGGAGGAAGAGCGCACCGCACAGGGACUGGACACCAAGCAGUCCUUCGUGGACCUGGGCUGCGGGAAUGGGCUGCUGGUCCACAUCCUGAACACUGAGGGGCACCCUGGCCGUGGCAUCGACGUGCGGAGAAGGAAGAUCUGGGACCUAUAUGGCCCGCAGACACGCCUCGAGGAGGCCGCCAUCACGCCGGGUGACGAGAUGCUCUUCCCGGGUGUGGACUGGCUGAUCGGGAACCACUCGGAUGAGCUCACGCCAUGGAUCCCCGUCAUCGCAGCCCGGUCCUCCUUCCACUGCCGCUUCUUUGUGCUCCCCUGCUGCUUCUUUGACUUCGUGGGCCGGUUCCGGCGGCGGCAGAGCCAGAGGACGCAAUACCGGGAGUACCUGGACUUUGUGAAGGAGGUGGGCACUGUCUGCGGCUUCCACGUGGAGGAGGACAGUCUGCGGAUCCCGUCCACCAAGCGGGUGUGUCUCAUCGGGAGAGCCCGCACCUACCCGGCUUCCAGGGAGGCAGCCAUAGAUGAGCAGAGGACCCGCUACAUCCGCAGCCGACAGGAAUGCCCCCCGGACCCCACUGCGCUGCCCUCGGACCCCACCGACCCGCAGGGGCCCGGCCGCUGGCUGCCCGCCUUCUCGCCACGGGAACAGGUGGAGCGUGUGCGGAACGGCGCUGCCCUGCCCCGGGAGCUCACCGAGCGUGUGGUGCUGCAGGUGGCCCGGCUCCUGCUGGCCCGAGGGGACCCAGGAGCCGCCCUGAGCCGGACUCCGACCUGGAACGCCGGGGGGAGCUUGCCCUUGGCGGAAGUGGCCUGUGAGCUAGACAGGGAGACGCGGGGGCAGCUGCGGCGGGAGUGUGGGGGUUUGCAGACGCUGCUGCGGAACCACCACCAGGUGUUUGCAGUGCGCAGCGGGCAAGUCCGCCUUCGAGACUGGAGGGAGGAGCCACUGCCCGAGGAGGAGGAGGAGGAAGAGGAAGAGGGAGGGAGCGUCCAAAACAGCCGGAGCAGGCGGCUCCCCUCUGCCCGCAAGACCCGCCUCUGCUGGUUCUUCUCGCACCACCCGGAUGGCUGCGUGCUGCCCGCGCCACGCUGCCCCUUUGCCCACGGGCCUGCGGAGCUGCGGCCGGCUCAGGACCCCCGGAAGCGGCGACAGCAGCAGGAGGCCCCGUGAUGGGUGGUGCGCGCGCGCUGCUGUAACACUCCGUCAGGCUGUCCACGUGUCUGCCCAGCGUGCCUGCCUGUCCUUGGGAAGCUGCCUGGUGGUGGCCGCUGCCUCCCUCAGCCCCCGGUGGAUGUGAGAAUGGGCCCGUGGCCUUCCCAUGUGUCCCCUGGACCCAGACGGCUCCUCUGGAAAACACGCCUG